AUGAAACUGAGCGCAGCAGCAAUCCCCCUAAUCCUAGCCAGCUCGGCUCAGGCCUAUGAAUACCAGCAACAAGCCUGUUACCGCCGUCUAGGAGAUGACAUGCGCGCCGACAACACAUUCACCUUCCAGACGCCCUAUCUCUGUAUGAGACGAUGCGGAAACCUGGGUCUGAACUAUGCGGCUCUUCGAGGCGUGGAAUGCUUCUGUGGCAGCGAAAAACCACUCGAAAAGUACGAGAUUUCCUUGGAUAACUGUGAUACUCCAUGUGCGGGAUGGGCGAAAGAGAUUUGUGGCGGCUAUAAGGCUUGGUCUCUGUACAGCUUGGAUAGUGAUCUAGAUCUCUCUUCGUCUAUGACUGCACCGAGCAGUACUGAGAUCACUAGCAGCUCGACCUCAGGGACUCAGUCUACGGCUGCAUCUGAAUUGGACGCUGUGACUACAAGCUCCGCCGGGGUGUCAAACUCUGCAUCUAUGUCUUUGUCGCCCGCGGAAUCUACAAAGAUUAUGUUCAGCGCAUCGUCACAGGUGGCGUCGACGGCUUCCAUGACACCAUCAAGUUAUUCACCAAGCGUUCUAGGCAGUAGCUCAUUGACUGCCGUGACUCCUACUUCCUCCACCUCCGGGGCAAACCGCAGAUACAGCUUUUUGUUUUAG